AUGGCCAUGCCAAUGGGACCCCCGCAACUUCCUGGCUACUCGCUGAGAGUACAGCUCUAUUCACAGAACGCGCACGACUUGGCCGACAAGCCCAUUCGAUGUUUUCGCGUUGUCACGUCUCCCGAUAGAUCGAUCCGAGAGUUCUGCGAGGAAGCUUCAAGAAUUCAUGAAAUCAAUUACGGAGAACCUCUUGCCGUCAAGAAAUGUCAAGACGACCAGGAGUUCGACGUCACCCAGAGCGAAAUACUAGGAAAUCUCUUUGCGAAUGCAGCUACCAUACGCGUUAUUAGAGCUUCACCAACUCCGGGAGUCCGCGACUCUGUCCCCCCAACCUCCGCUCUUCGUUUUGAACCUACAAGUCGCAAGAGAGGCAGAGAAAGCACACCUGCAGGCAUUGCAUCGGCGCCAUCGAACUCGUACAAGUUGAAUAAGAGACAGCGAUUGACAUCUCUGAACCCAGAUCACCCUCUACCGUCCCGCGAAGGUGAGCCGGAGCGGGGUGAAGUUCCCUCAGAAAACGGCCGCAUACCAGAUAUUAAUGUCAUCCCUUCUUCGCAAGAAAGUGUUAUUCUUGGUACAAAUCAUGGGUUAAACGGCACUUCACGACAAGUAAGGCCCAAUCUUUCUCAAAUCCCCGAGACACCCUCUCCGUCUCCCCCUUCGUCUCCGUCGCCUCCUCCAUCGUUCAAUGAGCAGCCAUACUAUGAAAAACAUCCAACUGAUCACCAAGGUCGAAAGCCCGCAAAUUCCAACCACGAAAACUCAAGUCACAACUCGGAAGCAGAUAAUUCUAGUCCCCUCAAGCAGGCGUCGGCUCGAGCACAGUCUCUUGGUGCUAGCCAAUCGAGGGCGAAGAGCGCCAGCUACCACAUCCAGAGAGCUACAGAGCGAGGCACGUCGGUUUCUACUGCAGCCACAAGUCCACUGUCUACGGACCUUCAUCGCCCAGCAAGAAAUGGCUUGACUCCCGGAGACAAGCGCAACACAUCUGACUCUAGUUCUGAUAGUAAUAAGCAAAAUGGAAAGCGGAAUUCAAGAUCGCCAAAUGAGGAUAGCAUCUAUGAGAACAUUGUCUCCGAGGAUGAUUCUGCUGCUAUUUUGAAUGCAACAAAAGCGACCCUGAAGCUCAAAAAAAGUCAAAGUGCUGGCUUGCAGGGUAUGGAAUGGGCUAAUAAUCGGUUUAAUACCCCUCCUAACGGUCGCCGAACCUCUCGAGGCCCAGGAGCAACGCCAGGAGAAUUGCCUCUCACGCCCAGCAGUAAGGAACGAGAACGUAAGCAACGGGACGCCAAUGAUGCUAAAGAGGCUCGACAAGCAGCAGCUCAGGCUGCGGAGCAGCGAAAGCGCGAGGCUGAGGAGGCAAAAGCUGCCGAAGAGGAACAAGUUGCUCGGCAAAACCAGGCAAGGAGGGAAGAGCAGGAACGUAUCGAUGUCGAGACUUUCAAGAGAGAAGAGGCGGAACGGGCUGCUCUAGUAAUUGCGAAAGCUGCUCGCUUGGAGAAACAACGAGCAGAACGUGACAGGAAGCAAGCAGAGGAUCUCCAAAGGAAAGAAGAGGAACGACGUAAGGAGGAGGAACGGCUGGAACAUCUGAAAGGUGCGAAACAAAAAGAGGAUGCCGAGAACAUUUUGCGAAAUAAAGCAAUGGUAGCAGAGGCGACGCGAAAGCGUAAAGAAGAAGAAAGAAUCCGGGGCGAAGAGGUUGCGAAGGAAAGGCCAUCUUCUCCUCAACUAACAAGAAAGUCCUCGCCCGCUAUCGUGCCAGGCUCCGUUUUGCGACGUCCAUCAUCCUCAACGUCGCUUAUUCCAAGCGGAAGGAAGUCGUCUCUUAAGCCGUCAAUUCGUUCGUCACAAGCAAUUGCUAGCUCAUCUCCAUCAGCACCGACUGUCUCGCCGGAAAGGACAACCAACGGUGUGAAUCUUGGUGCUCAGAUGCCUAAGACCCGACGAGUAUCAUUUGAAGAGCCACCUAGCAAGGAAACUCCCAUACGACCCCCUACCAGGAUUCUUCCUCCUGGCAGAAUGGCCAUCCCAGUUGUGCCAAAACCUGUGACUACUAAGCCUGUGCAGAAAGUUCAAGCAGUGCCUCUCGAGAGACAGUCGCGAACUCCAAUACGCCCACCUCCUACGUUAAAGAGGCCGAGCAACGAUCGUAGCAUAACGCCCGUAGUACCGCCAAAGGUUGCCGAGACACGAAAGGAAGUCGUUCCUCAGGCUGUCAAAAAUAACUCACCCCGGAGAGAGCUUAACCCCAAAGAAACUACCAACAAAAGCACACCCCCGAUUGUUCCAGCGGCCAGGAAGAUUGCGACACCAGUUCAACCUUCAACAAAUGCUAAAAUUGCCUUAGAAUUCUUGCGAUCGAUUGAGCCAACCGCCAAAAAGGCUACCGAUGCAGAAGAAUCAUCUGAUGGUGAUUCUAAUGAAGACAUUCCCAGCAAAGUUAGCUCGUCUAAAGCUACUUCAAAGUCACCAGCUCAAUACAAAGACGAAGCUCCCACUCGCCAAGCAGCCCCGGAGUCCGAAUCAGAAGAUGAGCAGGAAGAAGAGGAAGAAGAUGAAAUAGCUAGUAACCGCUCAUCGACCCGCGAUAGCCGAUCACCUGUUGUCUUCAGUCAACACCCAGGGGGGGCCGUAGCCGGAAAAUCAAACCGCUCCGCCACGCCUGAGUCUGUAAGCGAAUCUGAGAAUGAUCGUGAAGUCGAAAUCGAUACUUCAGAAGGUAGCCAUGAUGGGAUCGACAGCGAAGCAUCAGACGGUGAAGAGGCCGACAAAGUCCCGGAAUCCAGCCCAAGUCUCCCCAGACAUAAGCCCACCGCUAAGCCUUCAGGGCCUGCAUUCGAUCAAGUCAAUAGUAAGAAACUCACUACCGAAGAAAGAGAUACUUCAACAAGUACGCAGGGAGAAAUAGACCAACAACUAACCUCAUCUAUGUACGAAGUUCGCCGAAGCCCACCGAAAUCAUUCCCCUCAUCAAAUCGGCCAUCUUUACAAGUCGGUGCUAGCCUUCAAGCAUUAAAUUCGCGAAAAGCAGCCUUUAGCUCUUCGACAGCGCGAAACCCACCAGCCUCACAACAGCAAGCUCUGAAAGAACCAUCGGGCUCUGAGGGUGAAUCUGAGGAGGACAGUAACGACGACUCGGACUCAGAUGAUGACGAAGAAACGGCUAAGCGUCUUACGUCUGCCCUCUCAAGAUCUUCACAGCAAAGAAACAAACCUCAAGCCAAACCUGCUGGUUCUGAUGCCGAGAGCGACGACGCGGGCUCUAGUUCGGACUCCGAUGCAGGAGAGGAUCUAAAGGCGCAAAUGCGCGACGAACUGGCUGCGAAAAUCGCGAAUAUGAAUAGACCUGAUAGUCAGAAGAGCUCGGGGAGCAGUGUGAAAAGCCCGAAGGUGUUGCAGGGUUCGCAGCUGAAAGAGAAGAAAAAGGAUCGGUACAUUAGUGGACAGACAUUCUCGCAGCCCUCGUUGUAA